UAAAUAUGGCCGAAAACGACUGGAAAUUGUAAAAGCCGCUGCACCGAUAUAUCCAGACCCGUAUUUUAUCCUUAUAAAUGGAACCUCUUCGCUAAAAGGUUAUUUCGUGGACUGUGUACCAACCAAAUUCUUGACAAGUGAUGAGGGGAUACAAAGUGUACCGCUAGUCCAAGGGUGAGCAUCUCUAGAGUAUUUCUUCAAAAAUAACAAGUCAUCCAAAGGUUACCAAACAUGCCAAAAAAGCAUUCAUAUGAUGCAAAUUUGAUGGAAUUAGCAAUUCAGGAAGUUAGAAAUAGUAACAUGUCUUACAGAGCUGCAGCUAAUAAAUAUGGGAUUCCAAAAUCCACAUUACAAUUCAAAAUAAAAAAUGCAGGUCAUAACAAUACAUGCGGCUCAUCUCCAGUACUUCAGACAAAAGAAGAAUAUGAACUUGUUGAGCGGAUAAAAGAGCUUGCGUCCCGUAGAUUUCCGAGAAAAAAGGAUGACAUAAUGCAUAGCGUCCAAAAAUGUUUAAUUGAAAAUCCACGCCGUAAUCCAUUCAACAACAAUAGACCAGGAGAGUUUUGGUUCAAAGCAUUUCUAAAAAGAUAGCCAUCUAUUAGACAACGAACAAGCGAACCAGUCAGUGCGGCAAGUGCUUGUGUAGUAGUAGUAGUCCAUUAUUUAGAAAAAAAAGUCCUAAUUUCAACAACAACAACAACUGGUAGCAUUACAGCAUUUCACAAGUACAUACAUAUUUAUUCAAAUAUAAUAAAUUUAACAAAUUCUG